AUUCCUAAAUAAGUUACAUGGGAUCACGCUGCAAGCGCGUUAAUAUAUGGAUGCGCACGAAGAUGGAGUGCGGGAAAGGUGGAAGUGGCUGAGGAAUAUCCAACGAAUGCGCCCAACAGGUGGCGCUUUACGAGUAAAGACCACCUCAACAUCCUGAAAUUUACAGAGGAGGAAGAACAGGGAGCAAUCUUUGCAGGAGGUCAAGCUAGCUAGCUAGCUGGUUGUUUUUGGAGAAGCUAAUUCAGAAAAUGGGCCGUCGCAAAUCAAAGCGGAAGCCCCCUCCGAAGAAGAAAAUGACCGGCAACUUGGACACCCAGUUUACCUGUCCGUUUUGUAACCACGAGAAAUCUUGCGAUGUGAAGAUGGAAAGGAGCCGGAAUACGGGCAUAAUCUCUUGCACGGUUUGCUUGGAGGAGUUCCAGACUCCGAUAACAUACCUUUCAGAACCAGUGGAUGUCUAUAGUGAUUGGAUAGAUGCCUGUGAAGCAGCCAAUCAGUAACUGCUUGUGGCAUCAGUGGGUAUGGGCAGAGGAGCAAUGGUCAAGAAUGCACAGGUCACAGUCAUUCAACCAGUAUCACUGAAAGUAUGCAUACAUGUAACAGCAUGACUAGGUGGGUAGGACUGACAGGCAGGAAAGAUCCCUCGAUAGACAUCCCCGCACAGUUAAAAUAAAGUAGCUGUUAUAAAGGGAUUAUCAUAGCACGUGCAGUUUUUAAUUUCUUUCCUUAAACAUAUGGUGCGCUCUGCUGUUUCUUUCCAAAUCUAGGUCUUGGAGCUACUUAAGGCGGGUGCAUGUGUGCUCAUAUGUCAAAGUCAGGAUAUUCUUACUAAAAUGGAGCCCCUGACUUCUGGGUGUGUCCUUCCUGCUUCCUCAUUUGGCGUUUUUGGUUGUGAUGAGUCUCAAUGUUUACUUAACAGACCUAAAUUAUCCUGAUCCACUUACUGAAGUCUUAAAAGUAACAGUUCAAUCGUUUAUGAUUGUGAAACCAGCCUCUUGUAUUAAACUAGUUGUGGGGUGGGGGGUAACUUGUAGGGUGUAAUUAUUUUUGUUUUAUUCCAUGAAACUGAACAUCAGUAGUUUUUGAAAUACUUUUUUUUUUAUGUUCCAAUAAACCUGAUUUUGCUGAUUUAAA